UACAUAGUGACAAUUUCAUAUGUUGUACAGAUCAUAAAGCUCUUUGAAGCAAAUUUGUGACUGUGAAUAAAACUGACUUGACCAUAUACUGAUAAUAUAAACAGGUACAUACACGUACAUGUGUGCAUAGAUACGUGAUAGGCCCAACAUGCAAAUUAAUACAGAGAUAUAUGAUGAGUGUGAUGAGUUAUCUGUUCAGAUCAACACUCACUACCCAGAACACCAUCAUAUCUCUGUUGUAUUUCAUAGCAGUGUACAGUGUGGCUGUAUUAGUCAAGAGGCAGGUAAGGGAACUAGAUUUUGUCAUCUUUCAAGUCACUGUUGCAGCAACUUGUAAUAGUGUCAUUAUGAAAUAUGCUCUGUUUCUUCAGACCUCUCUUCUUCUGUGUGUGAGUGUGUGUGUGUGCAGGCUGUCUGUGACCAUGCAUAAGGACUGACUGAUUGACUGGCUCUAUUGGCUGUCUGGCUAUGACACACACGCACGCACACACGCACGCGCACACUCCAUGCCUGAGGGUGAAUUCCAUCCCCCUCCUCGUCUCUUGCGCCCAAAAACACCUCUUCCAUCUGCGCGCGCACGCACGCACGCACGCACACACACACACACACACACACACACGCACGCACACACGCACACACAGUCUCUCCCACUCUCUCUCUCAUUUCUCUCAUCCGGCGCAAGAGCCCGGCGGCGCGGGUGACGCGUUUUGCGCAUUUCCUGCAGCUCGCGCUCACUCACGGAUUCAGGAGAGAGGGGACGGGAAACGGGGGGCGCGCGUAAGGAUCGAAAGCAAAAAAAAAAAAAAAAAAAAAAAAAAACGGAGCACAGUGAUGUGUUUGGGGUUGUCGUGAGCCCGAAAAAGACUGCACUGGGAGGCAAAAACGGCAUUGCUUUCUGAGAGAACGCGCAAAUAUCGCGGUACUGUGAGGUCGAAGCAAGGAGCUUAUCCCAGCGAAGAGCGAGCCGCGACGGGCUGGAAACGGAGCACCAAUCCCGGAUGGCUAGGCGCGGCUGCUCGCGCUCUCUCCCACCCUGACCCGGGACAGACACGCAAGGACCGUGGGGACGCUCCGGGGCUUCACGUGAGCCCAGUCGGAGCCCCGUUACGCUGCAUUCCCCCUCUUUGACGUUUAUAUCCCGGCCUGUUUUCGCCGAUACGGGGAUCUUGUCUGGCGCACGGGACCGACCAUAAACAAACAAGGCAGCCGCUCGGGUGGGAGAGUGUUCAGCAAGCGACCUCUGAAGGGUGUGAGUCCGCGUUAUUACUGCGUUUUUCAGCCCAUUGAGGACCCAUCAGCUGUACUGUGAGUGUGUGUGUGUCUGUGUCUGCGUGUGUUUGCAUGUGUAUAUGUGUGUGUGGAUAACACAAUGUUCUGAUAUGGCUGUAUUAGAGAGUCCAAGGAGCCAGCGGCAUUAUGGGAUGUAGCAGGACUGUGCAGUGACCCCUCUCAUUGGAAGGAAACACUCUGUGUACAGGAGCAGGAACAGGCAGACCAGCCUAAACACACACACACCCUCAUCCUUUUGUACACACACACUCACAUCCCAGGAGCCUGCAGCCAUGCCUGUGUUCAGUGGCUUGUUGAAGGUGCGAGUGUGUGAGGCAGUGGACCUGAAGCCCACCCCAUGGGCCUUGCGUCAUGCUGUGGGGAAGAGUGGCUCCUUCCUCCUGGACCCCUACCUGGCCCUGAACCUGGACCAGACCCGACUGGGUCAGACUGCUACCAGGACCAAGACCAACAGCCCCGCCUGGCAUCAAGAGUUCUGCACUGAGGUCCGUGAGGGCAGGAGUCUGGAGCUGUCUGUUUUCCACGAUGCGCCCAUCGGAUAUGACGACUUCGUGGCCAACUGCACCAUCCAGCUGGAGGACCUGCUGCAGAACGGAACCAGGCACUAUGAAGACUGGAUUGACUUGGAACCAGAGGGGAAGGUGUAUGUGGUCAUUGAUCUGUCCGGAUCCUCCACUGAGGCCUCGGGAACCAAUGAGAAUGAGGAGCGAGUGUUUCGGGAGAGGAUCGGUCCUCGCCGGCGACAGGGCGCCGUCCGAAGGCGCGUCCAUCAAGUCAAUGGACACAAGUUCAUGGCCACCUACCUGAGACAACCAACCUACUGCUCACAUUGCAGAGAUUUUAUCUGGGGCGUGCUGGGGAAGCAGGGAUACCAGUGUCAGGUGUGUACAUGUGUCGUCCACAAGCGCUGUCAUGAGCUCAUCAUCACCAAGUGUGCCGGGAUGAAGAAGCAGGAGGACACACCGGAGGAGGUUGGUUCACAGCGGUUCAGCGUCAACAUGCCCCAUAAGUUCAGUAUCCACAACUACAAGGUCCCCACCUUCUGUGACCACUGCGGCUCCCUGCUCUGGGGCCUCAUGAGGCAGGGCCUGCAGUGCAAAGUGUGUAAGAUGAAUGUGCACAGGCGGUGUGAGAAGAAUGUAGCUCCUAACUGUGGUGUGGAUGCCCGAGGAAUUGCUAAGGUCCUGUCUGACCUGGGAGUCACGCCCGACAAGAUCUCCAACACUGCACAGCGCAGGAGGAAGUUGACUCCAGGGCAGGACCCUCCCCAGUCUCCUCCUGAGCUCUCUCAGACUGAGGAGAACAGCUUCAGCCAGCCAGCUGUCCCCACCUCCCCCUCACAGCAGGACUUGGCAGAGUUAGAUCGCCUGCAGGACGCGCUGUCGCUCGACCAGCAGGGACCCCAGCACUCCUCCACCUCCUCCUCCUCCUCCUCCUCCACCACCUCCUCUUCCUCCUCGUCCUCCUCCUCGGCAGGCAGGGAGAACGGACAGAGCCAGAGGAGGAGCCUCAAGGACUUCAACUUUAUCAAGGUUCUCGGCAAAGGCAGCUUCGGCAAGGUAAUGUUGGCGGAGCUGAAGGGGACGGAGGAGGUCUACGCCGUCAAAGUGUUGAAGAAGGAUGUGAUCCUGCAGGACGAUGACGUGGACUGCACCAUGACCGAGAAGCGCAUCCUGGCCCUCGCCCGCCGACACCCCUACCUCACCCAGCUCUACUGCUGCUUCCAGACACGGGACCGUUUGUUCUUUGUAAUGGAAUACGUGAACGGAGGAGACCUGAUGUUCCAGAUUCAGCGAUCCAGGAAGUUUGAUGAGCCUCGCUCUCGUUUCUACGCUGCUGAAGUCACCUCAGCCCUCAUGUUCCUGCACCGUAAUGGGGUCAUCUACAGGGAUCUGAAGCUGGACAACAUCCUGCUGGAUGCAGAGGGACACUGUAAGCUGGCAGACUUUGGCAUGUGCAAAGAGGGCAUCAUGAACGGAGUGACCACCACCACUUUCUGUGGCACACCUGACUACAUUGCCCCUGAGAUCCUUCAGGAGCUGGAGUACGGAGCCUCUGUGGACUGGUGGGCCCUCGGGGUGCUGAUGUAUGAAAUGAUGGCCGGACAGCCUCCGUUCGAAGCUGACAAUGAAGACGACUUGUUCGAGUCGAUUCUCCAUGAUGACGUCCUCUACCCCGUGUGGCUAAGCAAAGAGGCUGUUUCCAUCCUUCGAGCGUUCAUGACCAAGAACCCAGCCAAGCGUCUGGGCUGCGUGGUGAGCCAGGGCUGUGAAGAGGCCAUCAAGACCCAUGCCUUCUUCCGAGAGAUCGACUGGGUCCUGCUGGAGCAGAGAAAAGUCAAACCACCCUUUAAACCCCGUAUUAAGACCAAGCGAGAUGUGAAUAACUUUGACCAGGACUUCACGAAGGAGGACCCCGUGUUGACGCCCACGGACGAAGCCAUCAUCCGACAGAUCAACCAGGAGGAGUUCAAGGACUUCUCCUACUGCGCCCCCGAGGAGACGCAGACCUAACACACACACACACACACACACACACACACACACACGCUGAUCCGACAACACUAAACCUGGCACGCAUGUACACACACAUGCUUACACUCAUACAUGUGUAGAACCAUAAAUCCCUUUACAAUACACACACACACACACGGUCACUCCUUUACUUUGAAGCUAUUGGUUGUUGUUACUUUUGGAAUAUUCUUUACUUGCAUUGUGUUGUUCUUGUUGCCUGGGUUUUAUUAUGAAUAUGAAUAUGAAUAUGAAUAUGAAUAUGAAUAUGAAUAUACACACCUGCGUAUGCUCUCACACACAUUCCCAUGUACACACUUUUAACGCUUAUUCUCACGCGCACACACACACACACACACACACACCACACACACACACACACACACACACACACAGCAAUCCCAAGUUUUUACACACUCUCACAUACCUACAGUCUCACUGCACAUGCUGAGAUAACCAAACACACACUCACAGAUAUACACACACUUAAACUGCUUCUCUCCCCAGCACCUGUAUACAUGUGGACUGUAGGUGCUGGGCGCAGAGGCCUGUAUAUAGCCUGUGUUGAGUGGCUGUAUUGUGUUGGUAUUGUCUGCUAGUAAAGGAGAGUCGUGGCGCAUGGACAAGCACCCUACCUGUGUUAUUACUGUCCUUAUUGUGGACCAGUUAGGGCCAAAUACCCUUUGUGCAAUACCCUGACUAUCUAUAUAUUUUAUGGUUUUGUUUGUUCAUGUGUUAUUUUUGUCUCUUUUUUUUUCCUCAAAAUGUUUUUUGUGUGUGUGUGUGUGUGUGUGUGUGUGUGUGUGCGUGUGCGUGGUAUGGUUGAACUCUCGCUCUCAUCUGUCCUCCUGUCUUGUGUGUACAAAGUGAAUGUCGAGCUUACAAGUUACAGGCUAUUGAACUAAUUAUGUGGAGCGGAGUGUUACAGGCGGCCUGUGUAGCAGUGAAAAGCCCGAGUUCCAGCUAUUUCAUCCAUCUGCUAGUUUCAGAGUCCGCGUCCGUCCUGUGGCCCGUGGACGUUUUUUCUUUUUCUUUUGCUUUUUUUUUCCUUCAUUUCGUCUUGAAUGUACAUUUUCGUGUAUGUGAAUGCAUGUUUUUUUUUUCCUGUCGGUGUGUGACUUUUUGUCUUCAGCGUUCCUAUUUCCAGUAGUUACCAUCAGUGUUUUCAGGCCCCCCACCCCCACUCCUCCAAAGCACCAAUUCCCCUUUCCCACCUCCAGCAGCCAGUCUCACUCAGCCAAAACCACUUGCUUUUCUGACUUUUGCUUUUUUCAAGAAUGGCUUUUCUUUCUUAUUGCUCUCUCUCUUUUUUUAUUAUAAUAAUAUUAUUAUUGUAAAGUGUAUCUGGAGGAAACCUUUGUGUAUAAUACUAUAACUAUACUAUUAUAGGUCUGUUACAGCCGGGUGAAAAGAAAUGUGGAGAACCAGCAGCUGAAUUACCUCUCAUUUCACACUCUCUCACACACACACACACACACACACACACACACACACACACACACACACACACACACACACACACAGUCAAAACACCACCUACAGACUCUCUCCUUUGCCGCCUCCUCCUUCUUCUCACUCUCUUUCUUACAUACAAACACACACACAUACACACACAGAGAAGGACUGUUGUCGCGUGUACUGUACAGUGAUCUGAAGGCGAGCUGGUUGCUCUGUGUGCUGUAGAGUCGGUGUGUAGUGAAGCUUCGUGCACCCAGGGGUAGGGCUGUUCCUGGUCACACUUCUAUCUUUACUCUGUGCCAAAAUGUAGUGCAACAGCCGGGCUAGUCCUGUCUGGUCUGAUUCCAAUAAAACACUGAGCUGUCUACAUCA